UUGCGUCACUCUGCUCUCUCUGUCUUUGUUUCUUUAUAGAAUAUUAUUUUUUUGUAAAUUAAAAAAUAUUAUUUUAUUCACAAUUAUUUAUUAAUUUGUUGAGGAGGGUGUGGCAGCAAAAUAUAAAUAGCGUUUGUUCUUCUCUAGCCCAGCUUUGAUGGUGUGAGAGCGUACAACAGGAGAGUGUAUGUGUAUAUUUCUACGGUUCUUAAAGUAACCGUAUGUGAUCCUUCAAUCUUUGCAUGCUUCACCAACUCUUCACAAAAGAAAACCCAAAACCCAAAAUGAAAUUAUUUUCAUAUCAAUGAAAUGCAAUUUGGAAACAAAAUUGUUCUUUUUCUGUUUGGUUUCCAUCCUCACUCAAAGAAAACCAACCCCCCUUUUUCCAUUUCUUUUUUCAAAAUCUGAGAAAAACCCAGAUGAUAAAAAGUGGUAAUCUCUUCUGGAUAUUUGUUAUUUAAGUCUUUUUCAAUUUAUAUCUGAUGUGGGUAUUUUGAUUGUUUCUUCUUGGUGGUGUUGUUUUGUUUUUGUUUUUGUCUAUAUCUGUUUGGUUGGUUGGUUUUUCUUUUUGUCUGUCCUGUUUUUUUCUUUCUUGAUGUUGGAAGCAACCGCUGAGAUUGGGAAGAAGAAGAAGAAUAAAGGAAACAUGAAGGAUGAUGAGGAGCUUGAAAUGUUGUUAGAUGAGAUCCCCCAUGCAACAUCACAUAAUCAUCAUCAUCACCAUCAUCAUCUGCAUCCACAACUUGAUAACAAUCAUGUGAAUGGGUCAUUUCAUGGCAUGUGUGGUCUUAUGUAUGAUGAUGACACAUCAAGUCAUUAUUACAACCAUACAAGUGCUUCCCCUGUAAGCGGGUUUUCUUUGCAGUCAGAUGGUUCUUCCUCAAGUCUGUUUUCUAACAAUGGGCAGUCUUUAUCUGACAAUGGAUCACCAACCCCAACUCCACUAGAAGAACUAAAGCCACACUUGCCUAAUGGACUACUCAUGGAUUCAGCUGUUAGGAGAAGGGCCAGUAGUGACGGCUUGAUUGGUGAACUGGGUCUUUGUAGAAAUCUUAGUAAAAUGUAUAUUAGUAAUGAUCAAGAGAAUUUGGCUUCUAGUUUUAGAGAUUUUUCACUUGAGUCUGAUCAGAUAAAUGUUGAGAAGUAUGGGGCUGGUGACAAAAUGAGGAAAGGGUUUUCUGAUUUUGUGGGAAUUCAGUCCCCUGUUCCAAUCAGUGUUCCAUUGAGUUUUGAUGGUAGGAUGAAUAUGGCAUUUUCUGGAUUGCCCCAGCAGGAAUAUAGGAUGAGUAAUCUACUGGGUUCUCAAUUGUAUCCUGGUUGCUCGGAUGCUUUUAUUUCUCAGCAGGGAAUGAAUUGUUGGAAUGGAGCAAUGACAUCUCCUUGGCAGAAAAAGGAACAGAUAUGUAAUUAUCACCCGAGAGGAAAUUCUGUAUCUAAUUUAAGCACUUCUUUGAGUAAGCUUUCAGUGACUGAUGCUUUAAUCUAUGGACAACGAAAUGGUCUCAGUUGGAACGAAGAAAGAGGUGAGCCGAAUUUUAAUGGUUCUCCCAGGUUGAUUCAAGCAACCCCUCAUGAAAGUGUUGAAAAUCUGUUGCAUCAUGGGUUGCCACUAUCGAAGGGGAUGGCUAGACCACAUUCAAAUGUGAGAAUCCCACAUGGAGGUCUUGAGGCUUUUACUCGUGAUGAUAGUUUCAUUAUUCAAGAAGAGGGUUUAAAUUAUGUGACUAAUGAGGGUCUUGAUUGUUCAAGAGGGCAGAACAAGGGUUCUCUGCAGGAGGUUGGUGUGAGUAAGUGUCUAGAAAGAAGGUCGCAGCUUGAUGGUUGGUCUCAAAUUGCAGCAGCUUGUGGAAAUGCUAAGAAUGCUAAGUCAUAUAGCCUAUUCUCUUCGUCACCAAAGUAUAACUCUUUGGCAGAAGCUCGUGGAUACAUAUACUUAAUAGCAAAAGAUCAACAUGGAUGCAGGUUCUUGCAGCGUCUAUUUGAUGAGGGUACCCAACAGGAUGUGCGAAUAAUAUUUAAGGAGAUCAUUGGUCAUGUAGUUGAACUUAUGAUGAACCCUUUUGGGAAUUACCUCAUGCAGAAGUUAUUGGAAGUGUGUAAUGAAGAACAGAGAAUGCGGAUUCUGUUAAUGGUUACCGAAGAACCAGGGCAGCUUGUCAGAAUAUCUCUAAACACUCAUGGCACUCGUGUAGUUCAAAAGUUGAUUGAGACUCUCAAAACCAGGCAGCAAAUUUCGCUAGUUAUAUCAGCCCUUAAGCCUGGGUUUCUAUCUCUCAUCAAGGACCUGAAUGGAAAUCAUGUUGUACAGCGUUGCUUGCAAUGUCUUAGCAGUGAAGAUAACAAGUUUAUCUUUGUUGCCGCUGCAAAGUAUUGUGUUGAUAUUGCAACUCAUCAACAUGGCUGUUGUGUCUUGCAACGAUGCAUUGGCCAUUCAACUGGGGAAUAUCGAGAAAAGUUGGUUGAAGAAAUAUCCACCAAUGGGCUUCUACUUGCACAGGAUGCAUAUGGAAAUUAUGUUGUUCAGUUUAUCUUGGAGUUAAAAAUCCCAACUGCCACUUCAACUUUGAUUUCUCAAUUUGAAGGGAACUAUGUGCACCUUUCAUCACAGAAGUUCAGCAGUCAUGUGGUUGAAAAGUGUCUUGUGGUAUUAAAUGAUGAGAGCCGGUCAAGAAUCAUUCAUGAAUUGCUCUCUGCAACACACUUCGAACAGUUGCUACAAGAUCCACAUGCAAACUAUGUUGUGCAAACUGCUCUCCGUGUGUCUGAGGUUCUACAAUCAGGACCUCCGCACAAUUCACUCAUUGAAGCGAUCGAGUCCCAUAAAGCAAUUUCCUGCAACAGCCCAUAUUCCAAGAGGAUUUUCUCUCAGAAGCUUCUGAAGAAGUGAUGUACAUUCUCCCUGUCUCUGAAAGAAGCAAUGUUGUUGUUUUUGUGUCUCCACUAGCCUUGUUUUCUACUAUCGCUAAAAUUAUUAUCUAUAUAUGGUAAUUGGAUUUAACCAUAAAGGCUCAUGCAGAAGAGUUUUAUCUUGUCAAAGUGCAGGGAAAUGCCUACCAUGCGCUCAGAAGAGUGUAAAAGAUAAAGAAAUUUUGCUCUAAGUUGCUUAAAUUUUGGACAUGUAUUAUUCUGUUGUCUUGUUGAUCUCUAUGGAUUCGAUAUUGCCAUCCGUAUUUACUUUGCAAUUCUCACUGUAUGAAGUUGUACAGUGUAUAGAAUAGAAUGUUGGGAUUCUUGUUCCUGCUGUACAAUACAAUGUGAUGCCUUUUUAAUAAAUAUGCAUGAGAAUGGAUGAUGCAUUAGAUUU